AAGCAAGGACCGGGAGCUCAGAGGAAACGCGGGAUGGCUCCGCUCCGGGGGCUGCUGCUGCCGCUGCCGCUGCUUCUGCUGGUGCUCUGGGACAGCUGGAGCCCGAGCUCCGCGGGCAUCUACUACCGGGAGGGCCAGACCUGCUACCGACAGCUGCGGGGGGACCGGCCCCAGGGGCGCAGGACCUACCCCAGGCCCCACGAGUACUUGUCUCCCUCUGAGCUGCCCAAAGCCUGGGACUGGCGCAACGUGAACGGGGUCAACUAUGUCAGCAUCACCCGGAACCAGCACAUCCCCCAGUACUGCGGCUCCUGCUGGGCCCAUGCCAGCACAAGCGCCCUGGCAGAUCGAAUCAACAUUAAGAGGAAGGGAGCCUGGCCAUCUGCACUCCUGUCGGUGCAACAUGUGAUCGAUUGUGGCGAUGCUGGGUCCUGCGAAGGGGGGAAUGAUCUGCCUGUGUGGGAAUAUGCUAACAAGCAUGGCAUUCCCGAUGAGACCUGCAACAACUACCAGGCCAAAGACCAGGAAUGUGACAAAUUUAACGAAUGUGGCACAUGCAAUGAAUUCCAACAUUGCUAUUUCAUCAAGAACUAUACCCUCUGGAAAGUUGGGGACUAUGGUACCCUUUCUGGGAGAGAAAAGAUGAUGGCAGAAAUAUAUGCAAAUGGUCCUAUCAGUUGUGGCAUAAUGGCAACAGAAGGCAUGGAUAACUAUACUGGUGGGGUCUAUUUUGAAUACAAUCCUAGAGCCAUAAUAAACCAUGUCAUUUCUGUGGCUGGGUGGGGUGUUGACGAUGAUGGAACAGAAUACUGGAUUGUCCGGAAUUCAUGGGGUGAACCCUGGGGUGAAAAAGGCUGGAUGAGGAUAGUAACCAGCACAUUUAAAGAUGGACAAGGCAGUAAAUACAAUCUUGCUGUUGAAGAGUCCUGUUCAUUUGGGGAUCCCAUAGUUUAAGUUUUAUUAAAUACGACUAGUUGCUUCUAAUUGUUUACCUCACACUGCAACCGGAUGGAUCACACCCUCAAGUAUUAGUGAAAUGUACUGUUUUUGUCUUGUCCUCAGAAAACUGAUCUACAAUGGAAUGGUUUACCAAAAUCUAUGCAGGGUUAUUUGUUAUAAUAAACUACUUUAGGAAUGUGGGAAAUUUA